AUGGCGAAAUGGAAAGCUUCAGAGUGGGAGUCAUGGUUGUUAUUUGACAGCUUGCCUUGUUUAACUGGAAUUUUAAAAAAGGAAUGCUUUGAUUCGUAUUGCUUAUUUGUGUCAAGCAUUUUUAAACUAUUAUCUGGUAAGAUAAGUGAAAGAGAAAUACUUGAAUGUGAACUUCAUUUAUUACAAUUCGUUGGUGAAUGUCAACAAUUUUAUGGAAAAGGUGUAAUGACAUUUAAUUUACAUUCUAUGAUUCAUAUUCCUAAAUCAGUACGACAAAGUGGACCUUUGUGCUCUAGCAAUACAUUCAUUUUCGAAAAUGGAAUAUUCAAUUAUAAAUUGGAGAUAAAUGCUGCUCACGGCGUUUCCCAGCAAAUUGUUUCAUCAACGUUAAAAACAAAUCAUGUUCGCAAUAAUAUUGAUAAUGCAACGGAAUCAACUACCUGUCGUAAUUAUUGUAAGAAUCUAUUUCUCCCACAAUACUUAACGAAUUAUUCCCGUAUAAGUAAUGGGGCCAUGCUCACUGGUGCAGCAAAUGAACCGAAUUCAAGAAUUAGUUUUCUUGUUCGUGAUCUCAAUAUUGAAGUAAUACAUAGUAUUCAAGUCUUUAGCAGA